GACGAAUACUAUUCGCCCAUCACUAAUCUUGCGGCAUCGUGUUCAUUUUGAUAACAGUCAACAGGUAAAUAUUCGCUCAAUGUCGAUUUCAUUGUGUAUGUGAUGUUCUUGUGAAGUGAAUGAAAUAAAAAAUCAAAUUUACCAAUAUAAUUUCACCAUUCGAGUUCGAGUCAGCGAUGGUUUGGUCAGAUGAAAGCGAUUACGAGAGCGACAAUUCGUACUCCGAUGGUUAUGAAUCGGACGAUUACGAUCCUGAUGGAGUAGAUGAUUCGGUUUACUUUAUUGUUGCAGAGAGACCGACCACUGUACCCACAUUAGAAAAAAUAGCAACAGUGAAGGUGGCGAUUGCUUUAUGGAAUCGUGCCACUGUCGUAAUACCAGGAAUUAUCACACAUAAUAAAACAUGGCAAGUGUCGUUGCUUCACGAAGUAUCCAAAUGGAUAGACGCAUUACCUAUACCCAAGUUGUUCGCUAAUCUCAUCAAGGAACAUGUCAAAAGAGUGAAGUACAACGUGAUCAACUGGGUUUACCACCUCUCUCGAGCAGUAUUUUUUGAAACGAGAAAAAUAUCGAAAUUAUAUCAGCACGUCGAUCGUAUCAUUUGGUAUCCCAACGAGAGAAUCAAUUACUUGGAAACAGCUCGAAAUUUAUUAAAAUCUGACAAAUUGAACAAUAUGCAAAAGUUUCGUUUAGCGAGUGCGUAUUGCCUGCAAGAAGAAAUUGAGAAAAUGUGGCCCAUGUUGGAGAAGAACGACCUUGGCGACGAAUAUAAUUUCUAUUUGCGUCCUUUGAGUUGUUAUUGGGCAUGUUUCUGCAAUAGUAGAUUGUCUACGAUAGAGAAUCGAAGUUUCGUCCCUAUCGAUCAGUUUAUGAUCGAACUAAGAUGUAUUGAUAACUGGUCAGCGAUCGAGUACUUUUUCGAUCGUUUGAAUACUGAGCAACAAGUUACAGAAGCUGUUUAUUUGAUCGAAGAAUUUGGUUUACGUUUUCAGAAAUUAGUGCUGAUGAAGUUGAACGAAUCUCAACGUUUAACUGUGCUCAUGGAUAGAGUUAUAUAUAUCAUAUGUAAUUACGCGUAUUCCGAAGAUAACGAAGAAGAUGCCAUUGCAACGUGGUACGAAGUUCGAAAUUUAAUUACUCGAGAUCAAUUCGUUGGCUUAUUCAGCGAGCUGUUGUUCGACGAUACCAAAGACUCGAUUUUAACUGAAAUUUGGAACACUGCUCGUGAUGAUUUCAAACAACAUAUAUUAAAUUACGGCAAUUAUGAUUUCAUCAAAGAAGUAUUAGAGUGGCUGACAAACUACAACGAAUCAGAUCUCACUUUCCUAUCAGCGGUGUUGUCGGAUCGCGCUUGUGAAGAUAUCAAACGAGAAAUUACGAAGAAACCGUUCUUCAUUAAAAGUUGCCUACGAUUAUGUUGCAAGAACUCGAAAUCGCUUGACAGACUGUUGAACUUAUGCUUUUUCAAUGCUGCAGCAUCGGCCGACUUCAAAAAAUCUCUCCUCGAAAGCCCUUAUUUCAACGUACGCUGUAAAACGUUGAUAACCAAUCAUCGCAUUCGAACGCUCGCUAAAUUAUUGGAUUUCGGCUUCUCAAUUACCGAUCCUUCAUCGACGCAAUUUCUGCGUAAAAUGUUGUCCGAAAAUAUGAAGCUGCUCAAUGACCAGUGUUUGACGUACUAUUCUACCGGAAAUUUGAAAAACUUGAAUGAUUUACUGGCUCCACUCGUGUCAUCGUAUCCAGAAAUCGUUUCCGAUUACAAAAAGAAUUUACUCUUGUCUGAUGAAGGUUUGCGAGUGUGCGUAAGUCAUUUUGGUUCGAAGAAAUGUAUCCUGCCGAAAAUUAUUACCGAUAGUUUACCGACCGAUUUAGCAGCAGAAUUUAAAAGCAAAAUCAUUUUUUCACUAGAGGCCGUCGGUAAAUUGAAGAAUAUGAUGGUCAACAAACAAUUGAAUGCGGCUAAGAAAUUAAUAGACUGGUAUCUCGAAUCGAAAAGGGCUAGGAAAAAGUUAAGGAAUCAAUUGUUGAUGGUGUAAGGGAAACGAAACGUCGUAUUAUUUAUUCUCAAACAUUAUGAAUGUUUUUUUGAGUUCCUAUCGCGAGUAUUUUUAUUUUUGAGAAACUGGUGUGUAUCGAAUUUUGUUACUUAUACGUAUUAGUUUGUAAUUAUUUUUUGUUUUUAAGUUCAUUUUACCUAUUAAAGUUUUUCGAAGUUUUA